GGCAGUGAGUUGUUUAUGACAGACGAGGAGCGUCUGGCGGUAGAGGCUCGCAGGGAGCUGGACAGACGAGAGUUGAUGCACCAGAAGAGGGUUGCCCUGGAGACUAACAAGGUGGUCAAGGAGCAGCAGGAGAAGGAGAGGCAGUGAGUGGAUAUCAGAUUGAUUAGUUUUAUUUGAGAUUUAAAACCUAAUUUAAACCACAUAAUUGGAUAUAAGGCAUUUAAAAUCAUCAAGGGCAACUCAAAGAAGUGGUCGAACAUAUUUAUAUUGUGGCUGGGGCUUUAUCAGAAUAGAUAAGGCCCUUUGGAGGGAAAACUAUUCUACUGAAGACUUUUCCAGGAAUAGGCAGUCCAAACAAUGAUGGGAAGAUUGGACAGAAAAAGCCACAAAAAACAGCAAUUGAUGACUACACAUUAUCAUUUUAUUCAGAGAGCUGAAGCUUUGACAAUUGUGAAUUUAUAAAACGGAUCAUUAUGUAUUUUUGGUCAAAGUUAUUGUCUGUGCAAAUGCUUUAUGAACAGAUGUCUCUCUUGAUACACCCAGAGAGAAAGAGAGCACAGACAAUAAGUGAGGACUGAAACAUAUGUUGGUUUUCACUUGUCAACCCACAUUCAGUUUGCCAAAAUAAUCAGGUGCUGACAUCCAUAGAGCACAGAGCCUUCAUCUCUUGGCUCUGUACACUAGAAAAUAACAGGCUUUUCACUAGCAGUGAUAGCAAUCAGACUCACAGGAGACAAGCAAAACAAAAGAUUACAGGUUUUUUUCUGAUUGACAAAUGAUAUAUACACUGAGUAUGCCAAACAUUAGGAACACCUUAAAAAUCCUUCUUUAACCUGACUCCUCCCCUUCAUGUAUACUGAUUGAAGUGGAUUUAACAAGUGACAUCAAUAAGGGAUCAUAGCUUUCACCUGGAUUCACUUGGUCAGUUUAUGUCAUGGAAAGAGCAGGUGUUCUUAAUGUUUUGUAUUCUCGGUGUACAAACUCCAGUGAUUACUUGUUAUCAACAUAGCUUUGUGAAUCUAUUAUACUGAUGCUAUCUCCAGAAGAAUAGGCUGAAUAUGUUGUUAUUUCCCAUAAAAUUGGAUGUUAGUCAUACAUACCAUAUAUAUAAAUGUUUAUUUGUGUUGUGAACAGGAGAAAGAUGGAGAUUUCUCAGAAGACUGCUGAGGAAGAGGAACGCUAUCGGAAGGAGAUGGAGAAGUGGGUUUUCACCCAGCUUUGCAUAUGUAUUGCUCUUUCUGUAAUAUAUGUAUUUUGUAUGUUACAUACACAAUGUUACACAUAUGGCUAAUUAUAUUCAUAGUGAAACAGACAGAUCAGUCAGGGACUGGGAGUAUUGCAUGAAGGGAAUCCAGGAUCUAUCAAAACUUCAAAGACCAUCUAGUUUAGCUUCAGUGUUCUUGUGUGUUAACAACUAAACUCAGCAAAAAAAGAAACGUCCUCUCACUGUCAACUGCGUUUAUUUUCAGCAAACUUAACAUGUGUAAAUAUUUGUAUGAACAUAACAAGAUUCAACAAUUGAGACAUAAACUGAACAACUUCCACAGACAUGUGACUAACAGAAAUUGAAUAAUGUGUCCCUGAACAAAGGGGGGGGGGGGGGUCAAAAGUAACAGUCAGUAUCUGGUGUGGCCACCAGCUGCAUUAAGUACUGCAGUGCAUCUCCUCCUCAUGGACUGCACUAGAUUUGCCAGUUCUUGCUGUGAGAUGUUACCCCACUCUUCCACCAAGGCACCUGCAAGUUCCCGGACAUUUCUGGGGGGAAUGGCCCUAGCCCUCAACCUCCGAUCCAACAGGUCCCAGACGUGCUCAAUGGGAUUGAGAUCAGGGCUCUUCGCUGGCCAUGGCAGAACACUGACAUUCCUGUCUUGCAGGAAAUCACGCACAGAACGAGCAGUAUGGCUGGUGACAUUGUCAUGCUGGAGGGUCAUGUCAGGAUGAGCCUGCAGGAAGGGUACCACAUGAGGGAGGAGGAUGUCUUCCCUGUAACGCACAGCGUUGAGAUUGCCUGCAAUGACAACAAUCUCAGUCCGAUGAUGCUGUGACACACCGCCCCAGACAAUGACGGACCCUCCACCUCCAAAUCGAUCCCGCUCCAGAGUACAGGCCUCGGUGUAACGCUCAUUCCUUCGAUAAUAAAUGCGAUUCCGACCAUCACCCCUGGUGAGACAAAACCGCGACUCGUCAGUGAAGAGCACUUUUUGCCAGUCCUGUCUGGUCCAGCGACGGUGGGUUUGAGCCCAUAGGCGAUGUUGUUGCCGGUGAUGUCUGGUGAGGACCUGCCUUCCAACAGGCCUACAAGCCCUCAGUCCAGCCACUCUCAGCCUAUUGCGGACUGGUGUAACUCGGGCAGUUGUUGUUGCCAUCCUGUACCUGUCCCGCAGGUGUGAUGUUCGGAUGUACCGAUCCUGUGCAGCUGUUGUUACACGUGGUCUGCCACUGCGAGGAUGAUCAGCUGUUCGUCCUGUCUCCCUGUAGCGCUGUCUUAGGCGUCUCACAGUACGGACAUUGCAAUUUAUUGCCCUGGCCACAUCUGCAGUCCUCAUGCCUCCUUGCAGCAUGCCUAAGGCACAUUCACGCAGAUGAGCAGGGACCCUGGGCAUCUUUCUUUUGGUGUUUUUCAGAGUCAGUAGAAAGGCCUCUUUAGUGUCCUAAGUUUUCAUAACUGUGACCUUAAUUGCCUACCAUCUGUAAGCUGUUAGUGUCUUAAUGACCGUUCCACAUGUUCAUUAAUUGUUUAUGGUUCAUUGAACAAGCAUGGGCAACACUGUUUAAACCCUUUACAAUGAAGAUCUGUGAAGUUAUUUGGAUAUCUAUGAGUUAUCUUUGAAAGACAGGGUCCUGAAAAAGGGAAGUUUCUUUUUUUGCUGAGUUUAUAUCAGAGAAUGUUUAGUAAGUUUGGAUGACCCAGUGACCUCCUGACCUGUGUGUGUCUAUGUGUGCAUCCUUGUGUGUGUGUGUGUGUGUGUGUGUGUGUGUGUGUAGGAUCGAGGCUGCGGAGAGGAAGCACCACAGGGAGUGGGAGGAGGACUGGGCGCCUAGAGAUCAACCCAAAACCAAGAGCCCAAAGAGUCCCUCCCCGGCCCCGCCCGAAAUCAACACCCCACCCCCCAAGUCCAAGAGCUCUGGUAAGGAGUGGUACCUCUGAAAGUGUUCUAUGAAUCGAUAGAGCAGGGGUACUCAACUCUUACCCUACAAGGUCCGGAGCCUGCUGGUUUUCUGUUCUACCUGAUAAUUAAUUGCACACAACUGGUGUCACAGGUCUAAAUCAGUCCCUGACUAGAUGGGAACAAUGAAAAAAUGCAGUAGAACUGGCUUCGAGGUCCAGAGUUGAGUUUGAGGGCUAUAUAAGAAUGAAUAGAUCCAAGCAAGGCCCUGUAGAUCAGCAGGGACUGUAAGGGCCUAGACUUACAGUUGCGUUUCAUCUCUUUGCAUGCUGUCUGUCUCCUCUCUUCCUCCACUGUGUGCCGUGCUUCUCUGACUUCCUUCACUGCCAGACAUUGGAGCAAGCUCUUUUCAUGCUGACGAUGAUGAUGAAGAGCAGGAGGAGGAGGAAGAGGGGAGUGACGUGAGUGACGAGUCUCACAGUGUACCCACAGAUCGCAGAGUCAGAGACGCACUACAAUACCACUCACAACAUGCUCGAUUUCCUUUGACAAUCAAAACCUAUUGACAUGCUCCUACACCUUAGUAGUGCUAGCCUGGAUGCUAGACUGUUUCUGCUUUAGCUAGCUUGUCUUGUAUUUCUGAAACUGCCUAGCAUUCAUCUUAACACGGAGCCAUCUUUCUCAACACAACCCCUUGAGCUGUCUUUCUCCAUUAAUUUCUGUUGUGUGCAGUGGAUUUAGUUGACGAACUGUAGAUGCUUUUUCUCAAUAGUUGCUGAAGUCCUGCUUAGCCUGAGUGCCAGACUGUUUCUGCUCUCUUGCCAACUCCUCAUGGAAUUGUCGUGCAAUACAUGUUUGGCUUGACAAUGGCAAUGGAGUAGGCAAAAGCACAAACAAAUCUGGGAACAGGCUAAUUCCUCCUGCCUUGCUAGGGUUUGCAUCUGUCUCGGCAUCAGAGUGACUCUGGUUGAUGUUGUUUUUUCUCUGUAGCUUUUGGAUGGUUUUAUCGCUAUGAAGGGAAGCUGCCCACACUCCGCAAGGUAUUCUGUACGGUCGCAGUUUGGUGUGCUGUGAGUGUGUUCUGUCAAAGCUAACGGACAUAUUUAACUUGGAGCAAAAUAACAUAACUUCAUUACUGGUUCUGUCACCACAAUGCUGUGGCAGUUCUAUAUUGUAGUGGCUCUUUGUGUCAAUUUGAAGUUGGAAAACCUAUAGUGUCUAGUAUUGGUCCUGGUACCGUUUGUGGUUUGGGGUGGAAUGGGUUCUGGUUUCUCCCUGGUUUCUAUAACGAUAAAUAUGAAUGAUGUCUCAGAAAGGGGAGAAGAAGAAGAAAAAGAAGAAAGUGUCCAACACGGACACCCUGCAGAACAGAGGAAAAACAAGAAAGAGAUGGAGUUUGAGCUCAAGCUGGCUGCAGAGAAAGAGGAGAUGUAUGAACGAGAGAAGCAGCUGAAGAUCAGUAGACUGGUACAGGAGGUAGGUGUAAUGAUCAGUAGACUGGUACAGGAGGUAUGAGUAAUGAUCAGUAGACUGGUGCAGGAGGUAUGAGUAAUGAUCAGUAGACUGGUGCAGGAGGUAGGUGUAAUGAUCAGUAGACUGGUACAGGAGGUAUGAGUAAUGAUCAGUAGACUGGUGCAGGAGGUAUGAGUAAUGAUCAGUAGACUGGUGCAGGAGGUAUGAGUAAUGAUCAGUAGACUGGUGCAGGAGGUAUGAGUAAUGAUCAGUAGACUGGUGCAGGAGGUAUGAGUAAUGAUCAGUAGACUGGUGCAGGAGGUAGGAGUUCUGUGGAACGUGGUUCUGUAUGAGUGAGGAAAUAACAUGAAAGUCACUAUUUUCUCAUUUUAUCUUCUGAGUUGACUUCCCAUCAGCACCUCGCCAAUAGGGUGUGUGUUCUUUAUUCAUUUCUACUUUACUGUGUGACUGAGCCCUAAUCCAGCCUUGAGUUAUACAGUAUGUUGUUCUAUAUGGGUGACCAGUGACCCGGUCUUGAGUAUUGCGUUGCGUUGCGCUGUGCCGUGCCCUAGGUGUCAGAGACAGAGCGGGAGGAUCUGGAGGAGUCAGAGAAGGUGCAGCACUGGGUGGAACGUCUCUGUCAGACACGCCUGGAACAGAUUUCCUGUGUGGAGAACGAGUCCCCGGAGGUACAUCUAGAACCCCUCCUCCUAGAACCCUUUCUUAUCUGUGUAUCAGCUAGGACCACUGGUGGUCCUAUCGCAUAUUAUCUUUUUAUGUGUAGUAACUUUUCUUCAAUCAUUUCAUGUUUUUUCCCUUCCGUUGCUAAUUGAUAGAUUUGUCGUAGGCUACAAUGCUCUGUGACUGUGUGUACAGUGAUAGCUCUGUGGUUGUGAGUGUCUGAGAGGCUGGGCUUGUCCUUCAGAUGUCCCCUCCUCGGUCUCCUGCCUCUGGGCCCAUGGUGAGGCGUUUCCCCGGGGGUCUCCAGCUGGCUACCACUGACCUGGAUGAUUUGAACUUGGAUGAGGUGGACCAGAGCCUGAGGGGGCCGCUGAAGAGACUGGCCCCCACUCAGCCUUCUUCCUCCCAGCCCCCACCCCCCCUACCUCUCCCGCCACCCUCCCCCAGACUCAACCCCACCAUCCCCAACUUCUCUCCUGCCUCACCACGACCAUCGCCCCAACGCCUCCCCCCUUCUCCCCCCCCCACCCGCAAGCCCCCUCCCUCUGCUUCUACCACGGCCUCCAGAGGACGCCAGCCCCCUCCUCCACCCCCACCUCCCCCUCCACCCCCACUUCCUUCUUCUAAGUACCCUCCUACCUCCAUCUCCUCUCACUACCCUCCUGCCCCAACCUCCCACUUUCCUCCCUCCUCCUCCUCCUCCCACUAUCCCCCUCCCACCCAGUCCUACAGGCCACCGUCCUCUCCCCGGCCCAACCCUCAGCCUCCCCCUCCUCCUCCUCCUCCCCCACCCCCUCCGCCCCCACCCUCCCAGCAACCUGAGGAGCGGCUGGGGGGAGGGUCCCAUGGAGGGUACCACCAUCACCACCCCUCCAGUCCCCCAGAGACAAGGAGCGAGUGGGAAGGGGGCGGGUACAUGCCAAGGGGUGGUUACUACUCGUCCAACACCAGUGAAGUGUCCUACCCCUCCAGCCCUAAGGUAGCCUCCCUGGUGUGACUAUGGCUUGGUCUGAAAACAACCCCUAGCCCAUUGCCCUUGCCUUCCCCCGAAAACUUUUAAGCAGAGCUGAUAGGAGUGGACAGGUGUGAGCAACUAUUGUGAUGGCUCCCACUAAACCAUCCAAUUGGUUUAGGGAAGACAUACUGUUACAUUCCUGCAAACAUCUUGUUCCUUCAGAUCUCAGAACAUCAAGGGGGCAGGGGAAUGUUUAAGGACAGUACUCUGCAUGAUCUGUGCUGGGAAGAUGCAUGGUUAUUUCAUUCAUGAAAAGGAGAGGAAACAAAUCACUGAGUCACAAUGACUGAAUGUUGUGAAGAACAAUGUCAAUUUCCUCUCCGAUUAAAUUAAAUGCAAUCAUGGAUGCAGUUAUUGGUUUUUAUUCAGUCUGUUUGCGGUGGCUUUGUGAUUUGGCUUUGUGAAUUGUUAUUGUAUUUGACAGCACUGGGUGUAGAAUUGCAUGGCAUGAUGUGGUGUGAAAUGCAGUGAGUGGUGGGUGUUUUAUUGGACUGUGGCAGAUCAGGGGGUUGGGUCAAGACGUUUACACAGAUCAGACAUGGACAGAGUAUGAUUAGCUCGGUUUCAAGGGUGUUUAUUAAUAAAGUAAUCAAAAGAAAAGGAUAAGUCACCCCCAUGAGACUCUCUCCAGGAUACCGUCUCCAACUACACGGAAGUUACCUUUCUUCCCCCAGUCCUCUCUCGUGUGCUGCCCUCCUGGCAGCUUUAUGGGCCUUCCACAGCUGGUGAGCAAUCCGUCCUUAAUUACUCACCAGCUCCCAAUCAGCCCCAAUUAGUCCUGUCCGGGGAGCCCGUCGAGACCUGGCACGUCCAGCAGAUGGAGCCACCACCUCGUGAUGAUAUACUCUAUCUGUUACCAGGCCUCGACGAGUCUCCCCCGGUGGCUGAUCUGCUGUACGCCCCUUCUCGAUAGGGCAUCCGCGUUUCCAUGCUUCACCCCUGACCUGUGCACAACAGAAAAAGAGAAGCGUUGAAGGGACAAGAACCACCUGGUGACCCGAUCGUUUGUGUCUUUUCCCUUGGGGAGCAUGGUCCGUGACCAGGGUGAAGUGGGUACCUAACAGGUAAUACUUGAGAGUGUUUAGCGCCCACUUCACCGCCAGACACUCUUUCUCCACAAUUUAGUAUUUUUUCUCUCUCGGUAUCAGCUUUCGGCUGAUGUACAUGAUGGGGUGCUCCUCCCCAUCUGUAUCUGGGACAGAACGGCCCCUAGUCCCGUAUCACAUGCAUCCGUCUGGACCACUAUCGGCACCUGGAAAUCAGGCGUUACGAGAAUCAGAUGGGAGCACAGCGCUUCCUUCAGACGGCUGAACGCCACUUCUGUCUCGUCCGUCCAUUUCACUGUUUUCGGGAGGCGGGCCCUGGUUAGAUCGGUGAGGGCGGAAGCUAUAGCCGCAAAGUUGGGGAUAAACCGGCUAUAGUAUCCUGCCAGUCCCAGGAAGGACUUGACCUGUGUCUUUGUGCGUGGAACGGGCCAGUCACGUACCGCAUGAACCUUCCUCUCCUGGGGCUUGACGUUCCCCCGUCCAAUCAAAUACCCCAGGUAUUCCACCUCCUCGAACACUAGCUUGCAUUUCUUGGGGGUUGCGGUCAAUUUGGCUUGUCUGAGCGCGUCCAGCACCGCCUGGAGGCGCGUCAGGUGCUCCUCCCAACCUUGGCUGUGGAUGAUGAUAUCAUCCAUAUAGGCCGCUGCGUACUGCUGGUGGGGUCGAAGCACUCUGUUCAUCAGUCGCUGGAAUGUGGGCGGGGCUACGUGGAGACCGAACGAGAGCACCCGGUACUGGUACAGACCGUCUGGUGUCGAACGCCGUCUUCUCCCGGGAGGAGGCUGCCAAUGGUACCUGCCAAUAUCCUUUGGUCAGGUCAAGGGUGCUGAUGUACUGGGCCUUUCCCAAUCGGUCGAUUAGCUCGUCCACCCUCGGUAUGGGGUAGGCGACGAACACGCUUAUGUCGUUCACCCCCCGGAAAUCAUUACAACAGCGGAGGCUACCGUCCGGUUUGGGCACCAACACGAUGGGGCUGCACCAUGCACUGUGGGACUCUUCAACGACCCCCAUCCUCAGCAUAGCCUCCACUUCUUGUUUCACGGCCUUCCAUCGGGCCUCCGGAAUUCGAUACGGCCUCUUUCUUACCGUUUCCCCGGGCCAGGUACGGAUGUGGUGUUCAAUGAGGGUUGUGCGGCCCGGCUUCUCGGAGAACACCGCCGUGUUCCGAUCGACCAGCUCCCGGAGCUCUAGCUUCUGGGCCGGGUCGAGGUCCUCACUGCUCGGGACCACCACUGGUACCGUUGGCAUCCGGGGUCCCGACCAUAACACGGCCAAGGCUGUCCUCUCGUGCCACUUCUUCAACAGGUUCACGUGGUAAAUCUGUUGAGGUUUCCGUCUCCCCGGUUGCCGUACGCGGUAGUUGACAGGUCCCAGUUUCUCGACCACCUCGUAUGGUCCGUGCCAUGUUGGUCCAACACCCUGUCUCACACCUGGAAUUCUCGGGGCUGGGUUCCCCGAUUGUAGACCUGGGCUUGGGCGCUUUGGGCCUUCUUCAUAUGUUCCCUCACGACUGGCCAUAUGGCUGUCAUUCGCUCAUGCAUCGUCUCCACGUGCUCUACCACGCUGCGUAAGGGGGUCGGUUGGGCUUCCCAAACCUCUUUGGCGAGGUCCAGGAGGCCACGUGGCCUCCUCCCGUAGAGGAGUUCAAACUGGGAAAACCCAGUGGAGGAUUGGGGUACUUCUCGGAUUGAGAACAUUAGGUGGGGAAGUAGCUGGUCCCAGUUCUUCCCGUCCCGCUCGAUGACCUUCCGCAGCAUCUGUUUGAGCUUUUUGUUAAAGCGCUCGACGAGCCCAUCCUUCUGCGGGUGAAAACCGGAGGUCCGGAUCUGCUUGAUCUGCAUGAGGGCACACAACUCUUUCAUGAGGCGGGAAAUAAACUCUGCACCUUGGUCAGUCAGGAUCUCGUUCGGGAUGCCCAUCCGGCUAAAGAGGUGGAACAGCUCCUGGGCGAUUCCCUUGGAUACCGCCGCCCGUAGGGGAAUGGCCUCGGUAUACCGGGUGGCAUAGUCUACUAUUACCAAGAUGUACCUGUGUCCUCAUGCAGUCUUUACCAGGGGUCCCACUAUGUCCAUGGCGAUGCGUUCAAAGGGCACCCUGAUGAUCGGCAGGGGGACCAGAGGGUUUCGGAAGUGUGCUUUCGGGGCAGUGAGUUGACACUAGCGACAGUAGUCUUCCACGGCCGUCCUCAUCCCGGGCCAGUGGAACCGGGCGGUGACCUGUUCCCGGGCCUUCUCCAUUCCCAGUUGCGCCCCCAACAGGUGGGUGUGGGCCAGCUGCAGAACGGUUCCUAUGUACCGUCGGAGCAGCAACAAUACCUCUCGAAGUUCCCCCUGGUGGCGCGACACCUGACACAAAAGGUUAUUCUUAAUUUGGAAAUGGGGGUAUCGCCAGUCACUCAUCCCCGGAAGUAGCUGUCCAUCCACCGCUAUCACUUGGGCUGUGGCAGCUUUCAAAUUCGGAUCCUCCCACUGGGCCGUCCCGAAUUGUCCCCUCAGUUGGCCCCCAACGGGGGUCUCGACUGGCCCCCUCGAAAUCGAGAAGGGGGAGGCUGGGCUCCUCCUCCAGUGGGUCCGGCUCCCCCUCCGACUCCGGACCCGUAGAGUCAGGUGGGUUAACCGGUGGCGUCCUGGCCGCACAGACGAGAGGUCAUCCCCACUCUCUUCUUCGGCCAGCUCGUAUCUUUUUUUUCAACUCGUGCCCCCAUAGGGCCACGAACAGCGGACAAUCCCGUCCCACUAGGAUAGGUACCGGCAGCUCUGGUACUGCACCCACCAUCAUCUGGCAGCUCCCUUGUGGUGUCACGAUGUUGGUCCAUACGGCGGGAUACCGCUUUGUGUCACCGUGAACACAGGAAAUUGACAUCUCCCUACCCCGUUCGGUCGCCUGGUUCAGCAGGUUCGUGGUUACGAGCGUAACCAUGCUUCCGGAGUCUAAUAGCGUUUCUGCGCGUGUCCGUCAACCUUCAACGGACCAUGGGUGCAGUUGAUUCAUAGUGCGCCCAACAGGAGGUAACAUAGUUCACGGCGCGACCCCCUGGCCUCCGGUGCUAGCUGAUGGCAUCGACUCCUCUCGAGCAGGGCAAUUCCAGGCAAUGUGCCCCCGGGAAGCCACACUUCCAACACCUCCAUUGGUCUCCAUCUACCUGGGGUCGUCGAUGACGGGUCGGCCCUUCCCCAGCCGUCUCUCCACGGGUUUGCGGUCCCUUGGCCCUGCCGACUGUCGGUUUGGGGUACCCCGCGGUGGGGUUGUCCUUUCGUCCCCUCGCACAGGUCGCCGAUUCGUCCCGGCUCCCACUCAGUAGGGCCUGAGUGUUCUGCAUCUCCACUGCUUCCAGGAGGCCCUCCAAGGUCUGGGGCGCGCAUAGGCUCGCUGCCCUCUUCAUGUCGUGGGAUAGCGCCAGUACGAAGCGAUCCAGUACCACUUUGUCGAGGAGGGAGAGGGUGGAUACGUCGGUUAGGAGCCAUGCCCUGGUGACGCGCAGAAGGUCGCUCAUCUGGGCUCGGGGGGAUGCGUCGGUUAUGAACCUCCAGUCGUGGAACCGUUGAGCCCGAUGGGCCAGGCUGUACCCGUAGCGGCUGAGUAUCUCCCGUUUGAGUCCAUCGUAGUUAGCCGCCUGUUCGUCGUUCAGGUCCCAAUAUGCCUUUUGGGCAUUCCCAGAGAGGAACGGGGCCAGCAGACUUGCCCACUUCGGCCUUGGCCAUCGUUCCCGUAACGCUGUCCAUUCAAACGUACAGAGGUAUGUUUCAAUGUCAUCGUCUUCCAUUAGCUUGAAUAAAAACUGAUUGGGAUGGGAUUCAGGAGACGCUCCUCCUUGCAGCUUCCUGACUUCCUCCACGAGGCAGACGUUUUGUAGUCGCUGUUCCUCCAGCGUUCGUUCCUGAACCGCCUGUUGUGCUUGUUGGGCCCGGACGAACUGAGCUAUCAACUCGUCCAUGCUGAUGCUGUGUAAACGUCAACCCUGAUCUGACCACGUUAUCAAAUGCUCACAUUCUCCACCACUUGUGGCAUAUCAGAGGGUUGGGUCAAGACAUUUACACAGAUCAGACAUGGACAGAGUAUGAUUAGCUCGGUUUCAAGGGUGUUUAUUAAUAAAGUAAUCAAAAGAAAAGGAUAAGUCUCCCCCAUGAGACUCUCUCCAGGAUACCGGCUCCAACUACACUGAAGUUACCUUCCUUCCCCCAGUCCUCUCUCGUGUGCUGCCCUCCUGGCAGCUUUAUGGGCCUUCCACAGCUGGUGAGCAAUCCGUCCUAAAUUACUCACCAGCUCCCAAUCAGCCCCAAUUAGUCCUGUCCGGGGAGCCCGUCGAGACCUGGCACGUCCAGCAGAUGGAGCCACCGCCUCGUGAUGUAUACUCCAUCUGUUACCAGGCCUCGACGAGUCUCCCCCGGUGGCUGACCUGCUGUACGCCGCAGUACAAAGACAUUACAUAAGAUUGUCUAUACACGAGAGAGGUUGAGAGUGAUGACUGAAUAGCUCCUCUUCAAGUGCAUGAUAUCUCCUUUCCUACAUGUGUGUUCCAUUUCAAACCACCACUUUGUGUGUGUGUGUGUGUGCGUGCGUGUGUGUGACAUUAAUAUUCCAGUAGCGUUCUGUAAUGGUCAUUCAGGGAUAAAUACAUGAUACUACUGUGUUUUCCUGGUUCAGGUGAUGAGAAACACUUCCCAUAUCAGUGGUGUAUCCAAUUUAAGCAAUUCCCUGGUAAGUCUGCUCCCUCCCAUAAAUUGAUAUUUGAGAGUGUUCAGUAAGCCUGCCUAGAUUGCUCCUGUAGUGGAGGAAGUACUUGUGUGAUGUGAACAAAUGUUUAGACAAGCUGGAGAUCUGUUGACUUUUAAACCAUGCUACAUUCUUCAUAGUUCUAGAACAUUCCCAGGGCUCUGAUCUUACGGGUUUAAACAUAGAGAUAUACAGUUGAAGUCGGUCAUUAAAACUAGUCAUUAAAACUAGUUUUUCAACCACUCCACAAAUUUCUUUUGAACAAACUAUAGUUUUGGCAAGUCGGUCAGGACAUCUACUUUGUGAAUGACAAAAGUAAUUUUUCCAACAAUUGUUUACAGACAGAUUAUUUCCAAACGCCUGAAGGUAUCACGUUCAUCUGUACAAACAAUAGUACGCAAGUAUAAACACCAUGGGACCACUCAGCCAUCAUACCGCUCAGGAAGGAGACGCGUUCUGUCUCCUAGAGAUGAACGUACUUUGGUGCGAAAAGUGCAAAUCAAUCCCAGAACAACAGCAAAGGACCUUGUGAAGAUGCUGGAGGAAACAGGUACAAAAGUAUGUAUAUCCACAGUAAAACGAGUCCUAUAUCGACAUAACCUGAAAGGCUUCUCAGCAAGGAAGAAGCCACUUUUUGGAGAAAUGUCCUCUGGUCUGAUGAAACAAAAAAAUAACUGUUUGGCCAUAAUGACCAUCGUUAUGUUUGGAGGAAAAAGGGAGUGGCUUGCAAGCCGAAGAACACCAUCCCAACCGUGACGCACGGGGGUGGCAGCAUCAUGCUGUGGGGGUGCUUUGCUGCAGGAGGGACUGGUGCACUUCACAAAAUAGAUGGCAUCAUGAGGAAGGAAAAUUAUGUGGAUAUAUUGAAGGAACAUCUCAAGACAUCAGUCAGGAAGUUAAAGCUUGGUCACAAAUGGGUCUUCCAAAUGGACAAUGACCCCAAGCAUACUUCCAAAGUUGUGGUAAAAUGGCUUAAGGACAACUAAGUCAAGGUAUUGGAGUGGCCAUCACAAAGCCCUGACCUCAAUCCUAUAGAAAAUGUGUGGACAGAACUGAAACAGCGUGUGCAAGCAUGGAGGCCUACAAACCUGACUCAGUUACACCAGCUCUGUCAGGAGGAAUGGGCCAAAAUUCACCCAACUUAUUGUGGGAAGCUUGUGAAAGGCUACCCGAAACGUUUGACCCAAGUUAAACAAUUUAAAGGCAAUGCUAACAAAUACUAAUUGAGUGUAUGUAAACUUCUGACCCACUGGGAAUGUGAUGAUAGAAAUAAAAGCUGAAAUAAAUAAUUCUCUCCACUAUUAUUUCACAUUCUUAAAAUAAAGUGGUGACUCUACCUGACCUAAGACAGGGGAUUCUUACUAGGAUUAAAUGCCAGGAAUUGUGAAAAACUGAGUUUAAAUGUAUUUGGCUAAGGUAUAUGUAAACUUACGACUUCAACUGUAUAUUGGGUUAAAUCACAGGGUUAAAGCUCUGAUGUCACUGGUUUGAUCAUGAGCUGUUUGUUCUGGGAUUCAGCUGUAGAAUGCCUACGUGUGCUUUUCAAUUAUGUCCAUGGUGCUCUGCUCACUGAAACCCACUCAAACCCCAUUGUUUGCUGGCCUAUCUGCUGUUGCUUGGAUGUUCCCAAUAGCAAAUAGCUCCUAGUCCGCCCAACCAGAGGCGUCAGAUGGCCCCUGUCAUGUCUAAACCUGUCAUGCUGUCCCAGAAUCAGUCACAUCGACCAACCCUACACUCUGAGGGCCUGGUAAGAAACACUGUCCUCCUACUCCUACUCUCUCCCUAAACACCCUCUUUGCAUGCUUGCUCUGUUAUCCUGUCACUGUCCCUAGCCGGGGUGCUAGUUUGUUCUCACUGUCCCUAGCCGGGGUGCUACUUUGUCAAGCUGUUUCUCUGGGUUCUCUGCUGCACCAGACAAGGGUGGUUAGUGUACCGAUGCUAACUUCAAUUUUUGCAACUUUCAUUACUCUGCUCCCACUGGUCAUUAACCAUAUGUCAUCAUCAUCCAGAAAAACCAAGGGAGGAUCAGGUCUGGCUUUUAUAUAUCGUCCAAUUAUUUGUGAAGGAUGAAUACACAAACUGAGAGAGUAUUAUAGUCUUUGCAGUUUAGCUACAGAACUUCUCAGUAACCGAAUGAAACGAUACAGCAUCAGAACAUGACUUGCAUUCCAGUAGUGAGAGGAGUGUCUUGUUUCUUUGCCUAUCAUAAAUUCGGAAUACAUUGGUGUUCCGAUAGGUUGUCUUAGUCUUAGCGAUCCUAUUCAUCUGAAGGGGACAGAUCUAUGGGGGGAAAGCCCUAAAGUUCACAGACAAAGGUUACAAAGACGGCACCUAAUUAUUUGUAAUUGUUUAAAAAUAUAUAUCUACAGUACCAGUCAAAAGUUUGGACACACCUACUCAUUUUUACUAUUUUCUACAUUGUAGAAUAAUAGUGAAGACAUCACAACUAUGAAAUAACACAUAUGGAAUCAUGUAGUAACCAAAGAAGUGUUAAACAAAUGAAAAUAUAUUUUAUAUUUGUAGCGGGUGAUUUGGACGGAGUCAGGCGCAGGAGGUGUUAAUCACAGAAUAAUGGUUUAUUCGGCCAAUACAGCGGUUCGCAGCAAUGCGUAAAACAACUACAGUGCGACUUAACGGCGCACUGGGGAAAACAAGACACACGGGUGAAUAUCCUGAUGAUAAAGUACAUAAUGGUCUACCGAGCUAUCGACACCUCCACAUGGAAACAAUCACACACAAAGACAUUGGGGGCAGAGGGAAUACUAAUACAGGGACUGAUGAGGGGAUAUGAACCAGGUGUGUGUAAAAAAACAAGACAAAACAAAUGGAAUGAUGAGAAGAGGAGCGGCAGUGGCUAGAAGGCCGGUGACGACGAACACCAAAGCCUGCCCGAACAAGGAGAGGAGGCAGCUUCGGAGGAAGUCGUGACAAUAUUUGAGAUUCUUCAAAUAGCCACCCUUUGCCUUGAUGACAGCUUUGCAUACUCUUGGCAUUCUUUCAACCAGCUUCAUGAGGUAGUCACCUGGAAAGCAUUUCAAUUAACAGGUGUGCCUUCUUAAAAGUUAAUUUGUGGAAUUUCUUUCCUUCUUAAUGCGUUUGAGCCAAUCAGUUGUGUUGUGACAAGCUAGAGGUGGUAUACAGAAGAUAGCCCUAUUUGGUAAAAGACCAAGUCCAUAUUAUGGCAAGAACAGCUCAAAUAAGCAAAGAGAAAUGACAGUCCAUCAUUACUUUAAGACAUGAAGGUAAGUCAAUCCGGAAAAUGUCAAGAACUUUUAAAGUUUCUUCAAGUGCAGUCGCAAAAACCAUCAAGCGCUAUGAUGAAACUGGCUCUCACGAGGACCGCCACAGGAAAGGAAGACCCAGAGUUACCUCUGCUGCAGAGGAUAAGUUCAUUAGAGUUCCCAGCCUCAGAAAUUGCAGCCCAAAUAAAUGCUUUGCAGAGUUCAAGUCACAGACACAUCUCAACAUCAACUGUUCAGAGGAGACUGCGUGAAUCAGGCCUUCAUGGUCGAAUUUCUGCAAAGAAACCACUACUAAAGGACACCAAUAAGAAGUAGACUUGCUUGGGCCAAGAAACACGAGCAAUGGACAUUGGACCGGUGGAAAUCUGUCCUUUGGUCUGAUGAGUCCAAAUUGGAGAUUUUUGGUUCAAACCGCUGUGUCAUUGUGAGAUGCAGAGUAGGUGAACGGAUGAUCUCCGCAUGUGUGGUUCCCACCGUAAAGCAUGGAGGAGGAGGUGUGAUGGUGUGGGGGUGCUUUACUGGUGACACUGUCUGUGAUUUAUUUAGAAUUCAAGGCACACUUAACCAGCAUGGCUACCACCGCAUUCUGCAGCGAUACGCCAUCCCAUCUGGUUUGCGCGUAGAGGGACUAUCAUUUGUUUUUCAACAGGACAAUGACCCAAAACACACUUCCAGGCUGUGUAAGGGCUGAGAUGGUUUGGGAUGAGUUGGACCGCAGAUAUGUGCUCACUAUAUGUGGGAACUCCUUCAAGACUGUUGGAAAAGCAUUCCUCAUGUAGCUGGUUAAGAGAAUGCCAAGAGUGUGCAAAGCUGUCAUCAAGGCAAAGGGUGGCUACUUUGAAGAAUAUAAAAUAUAAAAUAUAUUUUGAUUUGUUUAACACUUUUUUGGUUACUACAUGAUUCCAUAUGUGUUAUUUCAUCGUAUUGAUGUCUUCACUAUUAUUCUACAAUGUAGAAAAUAGUAAAAAUAACUAAAAACCCUUGAAUGAGUAGGUGUGUCCAAACUUUUGACUGGUACUUUAUAUCUUUGUAUGUUUAUUGGAUAGAGAGAGAUAUAGGUGAACGGUAGGAGAGAGAUUGCUGAAAGAGCAGUGGGAUGGAUUCGAAGCAGCAAUGACUUAGAUCACUAGACCCCCCAAGCCAUUAUCCAUAAUGACUUAUGGGUCAGAGAGUCACAGAAACAGAGUAGAAACUCUGCAGUAGUUUGAUGGAUGCUGAGACGCCCUCAUGCCCUACUGUCUGUCUGUAAGACUGACGCUCUAUCUGACGCGAUUAAACCACACAGGAAGCCCAUCUCAGCCCAUCUCUCCCUCCUGUCAUAAGUGCCUGUUAAUUAAAUGGAUGGCCACCACCCAUGGAUAUAGCCUACAGUACAGUUUAGGUGCAGUCAUUUUCAGGCUCUGACGUAUGGUGACAGCUGUGUUAGCACUCAAAGAUGUCACAUAAAGUUUACUUCCAUUUUUAAAUUGUUCUAUUCUUUUCACUGCAUCAGACAUUUCUGCUUUUCAGCCUUCUUUAGUCUGUAGGUAAUCUUUUUCAUUCAAAACAGCAUUUAUAGGGGACACAGGUGAGCAAUUUAAACUCUGUCCAUAUCAAGAACACCGUCCAUAUCAUAUUUUGCAUAUCAUUUAUGAGUUAGGCUCACAUAUUUAUGAACAGCCUGAAGUCCUUUGUGGUAAGCAAUCUCAUAAAUGUAUAUAAUGUAUCCAAAUGAGCGGACGGUUCACGCCUGAUACCCCCAAUUGCCCUUUGUGCCCGCUCCCAUACUCUAUAAUUCUGUAUUUCUUUGUGAUUGUAACUUGUAUACGGGUAGACCAGAGAACCUGAUUGGCAGAUGAGUGGCAACUCUGAUUAGAAGCACCUGUUGCUCAUCGGUUGCUCACCUGUGUUCCCUAUAAAUGCUGUUUUGAAUGAAAAAGAUUUGGACUGACAUACUGAAGAAGGCUAAAAAGCGGAAACGUCUGUGUACGCUAUCCCUGAUGCAAAGAAAAUAAUAAAAACAAAUAGAAAAAAAUUUUAACCCCUUUUUCUCCCCAAUUUCGAUCUUGUCUCAUCGCUGCAACUCCCCAACGGGCUCAGGAGGGGAAAAUCGAGUCAUGUGUCCUCUGAAACAUGACCCGCCAAACCGCGCCCGCUUAACCCGGAAGCCAGCCGCACCAAUGUGUCGGAGGAACACUGUUCAACUGACGACCGAGGUCAGCCUGCAGGCGCCCGGCACAAGGAGUCGCUAGAGCGCGAUGAGCCAAGUAAAGCCCCCCCGGCCAAACCCUCCCUUAACCCGGACGACACUGGGCCAAUUGUGCGCCGCCCAACGGGACUUCAGAUCACGGCCGGUUGUGACAGCCUGGGAUCGAACCCAGGUCUACCCGGGUCUGUCGUGACGCCUCUAGCACUGCGAUGCAGUGCCUUAGACCACUGCUCCACUCAGGAGGCCCAUGCAACAUAUUUUUUGAGUGCGGGCCCAUCACAUCUUUUUGCUUAUCUGAGUUUACGGGUUUUACGCACCAACCAAACUUUUAAUUGGCUACUGUGUUAGUCAGUGCCUUUGGAAAGUAUUCAGACCCCUAUACUUUUUCCAAAUGUUGUUACGUUACAGCCUUAUUCUAAAAUGGAUUAAAUAAAAACAUUUCCUCAGCAAUCUACACACAAUACCACAUAAUGACAAAGCAAAAACAGGUUUUUAGAUUUUUUUGCAAAUGUAUUAAAAAUAAAAAACUUCCUUUACGUAAGUAUUCAGACCCUUUGCUAUGAGACUCGAAAUUGAGCUCAAGUGCAUCCUGUUUCCAUUGAUCAUCCUUGAGAUGUUUCUACAACCUGAUUGGAGUCCACUUGUGGUCAAUUCAAUUGAUUGGACAUGAUUUGGAAGGGCAAACACCUGUCUAUAUAAGGUCUCACAGUUGACAGUGCAUGUCAGAGCAAAAACCAAGCCAUGAGGUGGAAGGAAUUGUCCGUAGAGCUCCGAGACAGGAUUGUGUCGAGGCACAGAUCUGGGGAAGGGUACCAAAAAAUGUCUGCAGCAUUGAAGGUCGCCAAGAACACAGUUUGCCUCCAUCAUUCUUAAAUGCAUGAAGUUUGGAACCACCUAGACUCUUCCUAGACCUGGCCGCCCGGCCAAACAGAGCAAUUUGGGGCGAAGGGCCUUGGUCAGGGAGGUGACCAAGAAUCCAAUGGUCACUCUGACAGAGCUCUAUAGUUCCUAUGUGGAGAUGGGAUAAUCUUCCAGAAGGACAACCAUCUCUGCAGCACUCCACCAAUCAGGCCUUUAUGGUAGAGUGGCCAGACAGAAGCCACUCCUCAGUAAAUGGCACAUGACAGCCCGCUUGGAGUUUGCCAAAAGGCACCUAAAGACUCUCAGACCAUGAGAAACAAGAUUCUCUGCUCUGAUGAAACCAAGAUUGAACUCUUUGGCCUGAAUGCCAACCGUCAUGUCUAGAGGAAACCUGGCACCAUCCCUAUGGUGAGUCAUGGUGGUGGCAGUAUCAUGCUGUGGGGAUGAUUUUUCACUGGCAUGGACUGGGAAACUAGUCAGGAUCGAGGCAAAGAUGAACGGAGCAAAGUACAGAGAGAUCCUUGAUGAAAACCUGCUCCUUAGCUCUCAGGACCUCAGACUGGGGCGAAGGUUUACCUUCCAACAGGAUAACGACCCAAAGCACACAGCCAAGACAACGUAGGAAUGACUUCGGGACAAGUCUCUGAAUGUCCUUGAGUGGCCCAGCCAGAGCCCGGACUUGAACACGAUCGAACAUCUCUGGAGAGACCUGAAAAUAACUGUGCAGCAAUGCUCCUCAUUCAAUCUGACAGAGCUUGAGAGGAUCUGCAGAGAAGAAUGGGAGAAACUCCCCAAAUACAUGUGUGCCAAGCUUGUAGAGUCAUACCCAAGAAGACUCAAUGCUUUAAUCGCUGCCAAAGGUGCUUCAACAAAGUACUGAGUAAAGGGUCUGAAUACUUCUGUAAAUGUGGUAUUUCCAUUUUUUAUUUGUAAUAAAUUAGCAAAAUGUUCUAAAAAACGGUUUUUGCUUUGUCAUUAUGAGUAUUGUGUGUAGGUAGAUGAGGGGGAAAAAAAACUAUUUAAUCAAUUUUAGAGUAAGGCUAUAACAUAACAAAAUGUGGAAAAAGUCAAGGGGUCUGAAUACUUUCCGAAGGCACUGUAUGUAUAUUUAACCCGCCCUCUCCAGCAGUACAGCCCUCCUAAGCCCCCGCACAUCUUGAAAUUCCCCCACAUAGUUGACCAUCUUCUAGUAUUUAUAAUCAACCUUAAGGAGCGAGGGGAAAAAAAAGAAGAAGCGAGGUGUUUAGUGUCAUAGUGUCAAUCUCUAAUGACUACUGUCUGGUUCCUGUGUUACAGCCCCCGGAGAUGCUGAAACGGAUGGUGACGUAUAACACCUCCUUUAGGUCCAACAACAAGAGACAAGUAAUCCAUACCAAUCACCACCUUCUCCUCUGA